UCUAAACUGGAUAUUCUUCCUUAUUGUGUUGACGGAUAGAUUGCUCGUCACGUAUUACCGUCGGUUUAUUUUGACUAACUAACUUACUUAAUUUAUAUGAUAUUUGAUUUAAUAAAUUUAAUACGAAAGUGAUAAUUUACAAAAUUAGAAAUGAAAACAAACGAAUCGGAAGACGAUACCAAUAAUGAAAAUACUGUUCCGAAAGCUGGGUCUGUUUUAUACGGAGUAGAAGAUGUGCCUUCACUACCACUGUGUUUACUCUUCGGAGUUCAGCAAGUAAUUCAGUGCCUUGAUGGACCAUUAGCAAUGUCCUUCAUAUUGUCUGGACUUCUGUGUGCAAGUGGUCAAGCUGACGUAACGUAUACACUACUAAGUAUCAACAUGUUUAUGGCUGGGUUAGCCACAAUUUUACAGAGCAUGUUUGGCGUACGACUUGGUGUUAUUCAAGCCUCAUCGUUUUCAUUUGUUGCUCCUAUUAUUGCAAUGAUGACACUAGACAAAUGGAGCUGUCCAAAUCUUGAUACAGAUAAAGAAAGUACGGGAUUAAAUACCACUAAACUGAAGAUGGACGAAGACGAAAUCUGGAAAAUCAGAAUGAGAGAAAUCCAGGGAAACCUUAUUCUUGCUUCCAUUACACAAAUUGUUCUUGGCUGCACUGGAUUGAUAGGAUUCUUACUGCGGUUUACUGGACCCCUUACUAUAGCACCUACUAUUACCCUCAUAGGGAUUUCACUUACCGGUUCUUUGAUCGAACUUUGUAAACCACAUUGGGGUAUUUCUUUCAUGACGAUGUGCUUGACUCUUACGUUUGGUCUUUACAUUGGCAAACUAAAACCCCCGCUGCCUGCAUGGUCAAAGAAAGAACAUUGUCAUGUAGUUCGUUUCCCAGUAUUUCAAGUGUUUACGAUAUUACUGAGCGUCGGCGUCAGCUGGUUGAUUUGCUACAUUCUAACUGUGACUGAAGUCUUCCCUAAUGACCCUGAAAAACCAAGUUUUAUAACAAGGACUGACGCAAGGAUAGAGGUUCUGAACACAGCUCCAUGGUUUUACUGGCCGUAUCCAUUUCAAUUUGGUAUGCCUACAUUUAGUGCAGCGGGGUAUGUUGGGUUUUUGGCAGCCACCAUAGCAUCCAUUAUAGAAUCAGUUGGAGAUUAUCAUGCUGCAGCCCGAAUUGGAGGUGUCCCACCCCCACCUCCACACGCUAUAAAUCGUGGUGUAGCUGUUGAAGGUUUUUCUAGUAUAGUAUCUGGUAUGAUCGGUGCAGGACAUGGCACAACAACCUACAGUGGAAUAAUCGGCGCUAUCGGAAUAACAAAGGUUGCAAGCAGAGCCGUUUUUAUCACAGCAGGAUUUAUUCUGGUAAUAUGCGGUGUGGUUGGGAAGUUUGGAGCUUUUCUCACGCUAAUUCCAAAUCCGGUGAUUGGUGGAGCUGCCAUUGUACCUGUUAGUAUGGUAAUCGCCGUGGGUAUAUCCACUUUGAAAUUUAUAGACUUGGAAUCUACAAGAAAUCUUACAAUCUUCGGGACGUCAAUAUUUCUGGGUUUGAUGAUACCACAGUAUAUAAACGAUCCCGAAAAUGUCAAUGUCAUUGAUACAGGUAACGAGGAGUUAGAUCAAGUUAUCAAAGUCUUGUUGGGAACUUCAAUGUUUGUUGGUGGAUUCAUCGGUUGCUUGUUAGAUAACACUGUUUCAGGGACGGAUAAAGAACGCGGAAUAUUAUCGUGGCGGAAAAGAAACGUUACAACGUUCGAAGCCUCUGGAAGAGAUGCGUCCUUAUCCAUGUACGAGUACCCGUAUGUAACAAAGUAUUUUAGACGCCUGUGGGUUUGUUCUUACAUACCGGUGUCACCAACGUUCGAUAAAGGCAUGAAUGUCACGUGCUGUCGUGAUUGCUGCCGUCCGAAAACGGAACGUUAUAAUGUGUCUAGAGAAGCAAACCUGAAUCAGUUUGCAUUUGAUAACACAGGAAGUUUUGCUCAGUCCACUAGUCUGGAUGUGAAAUUGUAAUGAUAUUAAACAGGUUUUACGAGUUUCAAUAGGCACCUUAUUUACAUAUUUUUUUCGCUUUUAUAAACUCAGCGUAAUGUUAUUUUAUACUUUGCAAUGUGUUUAGUCAGUUAUUUAACAAAUAUAGACAAAAUGUAUUUAGUAUAUUUACAUACAUAACACCCUGCCAUAAAUUCAGUUGAAACAGCAAUGUCAAAUAUAUGUUAAGACAAAAAAUCAAAUUUCAAAAAUCAUUUCUAUGUUAUCAAAACCAGAAUAUUAGACAUCUAUAAACAGCACUGGUAUUCAAGUAUUGAUGACUCGAGCAGGGCUCAGUUGUUCUAAAUUUUAACAGGCGAUUAAGCUAACGGUUGAUUAACUUUUACAGUUUUUAUCGCAUUUCAGAAGACUUUAAAAAAAAAUGUAUGAGGUAAGAAUUAUGAACAAUGAAAACUCUUUACUAUAGAGUCAAAGUUUCCCACCAAGUCUAGUAUUUUGAAUCCAAAUUUAACCAGCGGUUAGUUUAACAGCCGAUUAAUGUUUCGAACAACGGGCCCCGGAUUGUUUAAUAGAGUUAAUAUAAACAUGAUAUCUAAACUGCAUAAAUGAAAAGAAAUUUAGAAUAUUAUUAUUAUUAUUAUUCUGCUGUAUUAUUUAGCCUGUAUAUCAGUUAUAAGAACGAUGGGGAUGUUCUUUUCACAGACAUUUAUACGGUCAUGUACUGGGUGUAACUCAAUCAUUAAUGACACUUUGUUAAAUAUUGUAUGUUAUUAUCCCGAGAGAAAUGGUGAUAGGUAUAAGCUAUUGAAUUUUCUCUUGCAGACGCAUGGCGUCCAUUUUUACCGAAAUUGGAUUACCUUAAAACUUGAGGACCAAAUUAAAACAUUGUUAUUCCAACUCACAAGGUUAAAUGAGAACUGUCCAGAUGAAAGUAACAGAGCAAAUACAUAUAAAACUAUUGCACAAUAUUCUAAAAUAGAAAAAGUGGAAACUCCACAGGUCGCUCAACACAACAAGAACGAAAAUGUUGCAGGCUCGGUUUGAUUGAGCCUGUUCAUGGACGGUAGUUAAAAUGCAUGCUACCGUCCAUGCCCUUUAGCCCCGGGUUGAGCAGAACUCAACAUUUACACAUGCUUAAAGUACAAAAAACAAUUUAGAGACAUCCGCAGAUGUGUUCAUACGGCGGUGCACAUGGAACCUUCAAUGCUACACUAGCGUGUAAUUCCAUGCAAAGCGGCGUAUGGUCCCCAGUUAAAAUAAUGGGUUUGCCCUAAACGAGAAAACAAUGAGCAAAACUAAACAAACUGGAAUUUAGAAAGGGGAUCUGAGGUUAUGGAGCCUGCAUAUCACAGGAACUGCCAAAAGACAAAAUUAAAAAGCAGGCACCAUAUCCAAGGGGUAAAGCCUUUUUGAUAUAUGUGGAUAGGAUCUAUAAAAGGCUGCUUCAAUAAACAUUAGUAUUACCACAAAAGUAUUAUAUUAAUACCCGUGAAGUUGUUCGCUUGUAUCUCUUUCAUUUCAUUUCGUUUCGAUAUAUGGGAUACUGAAAUGUAGAAAAAAGCGAUGUAAAUAUGUGUUGUAUAUGUUUGAGUAUUUAUACUAGUUAUGCAAUUAAACAUAGCUGUAAAAGUCUCUCAAGAAUACGUUCGUCUGAAUCUCUUAGAUUUGGUUCCGGAAUAAGGGAUAUCAGAGUGGCGGAGACAUAAUGUUUGAUUUGUACGAAAUUUAGGUGUCGGUUUGCAUGACAAGUCAUUUUAUUCAGAAUUAUUACUAUGUAUAGUCGUUAAUUGAUUUAUGUGUAUAUAUUUUGAAAAUAAACAAGAUUUAAUAUUUAAUUAAAAGUUAAGUUGCAAUUAUCUAUAUGUACAUACGUAGAAUUUAGUAGACAAAAAUGAGUUAUUUUGCUAAUAUGUUUAUACGUGCUUACUUGGAUAUAUUCAAUAUUGUCUGAAAUUGUA